GCGCCGAGUUAGGACGUGUUUUGAGAUUAUGCUUGAUGCUGCCAUUUUCCCGCGCUAAAGUUUCCGAUCCAACAUAAAUACUAUAGUGACUUAUAUUUUAUUAAAGUUCUCUAAUUAAGUGUUCACUACAGAUUUUUAAAAGUGACGUGUUUAAGUAACGCGUGGAUUAAUUUUUUAUAUGCAUCACCGAAAGAAUAAUUGAUGUCAGGACCGAAGCCAAACUAAAGUGCCAAAGAAGCGGAAAAAAAUGUGAAACUCACAUGUCCACCCACACAUUAAAACGCACAUGAUUUCAAUAGCAAACUUCACGCACACGAAUACCCACACACCCAUACAGUACAACACAACUACAUACAAAAAUGUCACACAAAGCCCGAGGGAUAACGCGGACUUGUUCGAAAAGUUCGAAUACCAAAAUGGGACGUACAACAAUUCGAACUCGACUUUCGAGAUGUCGAACAAUUUUACGGAGUACGCAGAGAUUCCGUAUUAUAUAAAGGCGACUUCGAUGACCUUUUGCAUAGUUAUAAUGUGUUUGGGCGUCAUCGGGAACGUGAUGGUGCCUAUAGUGAUAUUAAAGACUAAAGACAUGAGGAACUCCACGAACAUAUUCCUGGUGAACCUGAGCAUCGCUGAUCUGAUGGUGCUGCUGGUGUGCACCACUACGACGCUGGUGGAGGUCAACUCUAAGCCUGAAACUUGGGUGCUUGGGAAGGAAUUAUGUUUGGCGGUCCCGUUCGUGGAGCUGACAGUUGCGCACGCGUCUGUGUUGACCAUCUUAGCGAUAAGCUUCGAGCGCUACUACGCCAUCUGUGAGCCUUUACGAGCUGGCUAUGUCUGUACCAAGACUAGAGCUACGCUAAUAUGCGCCCUUGCGUGGUUCUUCGCUGCCUUGUUUACUAGCCCGAUUCUGGGAAUAGUUGAGCUCCACACCGUGACAAGAUCAGAUGGCACCUUCUACCAGUGUCUGACGCAGGCUGUCACCAUUUGGCAAAACACAUUCUUCGUGAUGACCAUCAUCUUCCUUUACCUUCUACCAUUAGUUAUCCUUAUCGUCCUCUAUACUAUUAUCGCUAAGAAUUUAAUAACAGCUGCAUCUAAAGUAGUUCUAAAUAAAACAGUAGACCCUUAUAACGCUAGAGCGAGAAAGCAAGUUAUUUUGAUGCUUGGUACUGUAGUCCUCUGCUUCUUUCUUUGUCUCAUGCCAUAUAGAGUACUCGUUCUUUGGAUCAUAAUUUCUCCUUCUGAAAUAUCCGAAAACGUCAGUCCAGAAAAAUGGUACAACUUGCUUUACUUUUCUAGAAUUAUGCUGUACAUAAAUUCGGCUAUAAACCCUAUUUUAUACAACUUGAUGUCUUCUAAAUUUCGAAUUGGUUUCUGUAAAGUGUGCAUCUGUUAUAAGAGAUCGUCGGAGAGAACGCAAAAUAGACGAGUACGGAGAACCGUAACAAACGGCUCGACUACUAGCAGCAGCCUAUCACGGACAACGAAUAGUUUAAAAAAGCUGUUCACACAUAGAAGCAGUUUAGAUAAGAGCGAUACAGAAUAUGAAAGCAAAGAGAGCAAAGAUGAUGGAACGGCGAAGACGAAUCACUUCCUGAACAGAAUAUUCCCGAAUAAAAGGUUUAUAAGACAACAAUCAGCCCCAGUUUGUUCGAACCCGAAAACGAAAGUGAUAAACAGAAUGAAAAGCGAAGGAAGCAUGCUCGAAGUAUCGGAUGUUUUGGGUGAUCGGACAAAUAAAGAGUCUAGAGGUGACACGGCAAAGUUUAUCGGACAUUCCAAUAUUAGUGCAAAAGAUAGACCGGAUAUUGAACUCGAACAAUCUAAUCGCACCCACGGAUCGCUGAGGCGGAGUGUUUUAAUAAAUAGCGCCAAAGCGAAGAGCUUGGAGGGUGACCCUCAUAAAAAGUUUGUUUCUUACCAAAAGAUUAAAGUAGAUUGCGUUGUUGGCUUCCAGAAGUCUAAGAGUGUCCCAAUUCUGGGUGUCGCCACUUACACCCACGAGAGAUACCAGGACGGCACCGAAGUCCCCGUCUGCCUCAUGCAAGCCGACACCUUCUGGUCUGGGCUGUUCUUUAUCCUUAUCAUAGCCAUCUUCUUCAUCAUCCCCCUAGGAGUACUCCUAGUCCUCUACAGCAUCAUCGCCAAGAACCUAAUGGAGAACCCUGUCAUAAUAGCCCAAAACACCAAAAACACAAACAACACUGGCAAUGUUGUAAGAUACAGAAAACAGGUAAUCCUAAUGCUCGGUACAGUUGUCCUUUCCUUCUUCAUAUGCCUCCUCCCUUUCAAAGCCUUGACCUUAUGGAUAAUUGUGUUUCCACCUGAGACAAUACUGUCGUUAGGCAUAGACGGUUAUUAUAUACUUCUAUAUUUUUGUAGAGUAAUGUUGUACUUAAAUUCAGCCAUUAAUCCAAUAUUGUACAAUUUAAUGUCGUCUAAGUUUAGGGAAGGAUUUGUUAAGUUGUUAAGAAUAAAUAAACUAAUGAGAUGCGGUAGAAAUUUAAGGGAAAACAUGCAGAGACGGGACACGUUCAAUACCACAACGUCAACUGGUUUUUCAAGCAGUCAGAAUACGUCCGACUCAUUUUGGAGAAGAUACAGCAAUAGAGCGUCAUCCCAAAAAUAUUUCUUCAAUAGAGAUAGCAAGAAAAUAAAAGAAGUAAGAGAGAUAUUCGAUACAAAAGUGCAGCAGGUUAAAGUUGGUGAAAUCAUUAAUGUGGAGAACACGAGGCGUAAUAGCAUGAAAAUAAUAGCAGCAAUGAAUGAACUUAACGAUGAUUUGCAUAAUGUAAUCAAAAAGGAUAGCGUCAAGCGUAAUAGUGUUAAAGCUGCAACUGUUAACGGACGCAACGACGUGGAAGUCGAUGUACAUAAUAACUGCACUGACGAUGAAACGGUCAGUUUAACGGAGAACAAUAAACAGAUACAAAUAUUAAAUUUAGAUGUUAAGACCAAUAAUGUAUAUUCCGUAACGUUAGAUGUUAGCGAAAGGUGUGAUAAAAACAGGUUUGUCUGUGUGCCAGCGCAAGAGAGUAAAAAUAUAUUUGUAUACGACUUUAAAAGUAACGAAAGUUUCGUCUAGAUGUACUUAGUAUUUUAUAUAAAGGUGGAGACUUACUUUUAACACAGGACCCGACCCGAUACCACGUGUGUUUAAUUACCACACUACUAGCACCUGACACCAAGAAGAAACAAAAGAAGAGUAUUUAAGGGACUAGUACGGAAGUCUUGAUUGCAAUAAUCGCAAUAGUUUGAUUCAUGUUAUUCAUUCUGCAACGGUAUACUUUAGCAGUUAGCUAAUAUCCAAACAGUAUCAGCCAAUCAGAGGCGAUUGCAAUUGUCACAUUGUAGCUAUCAAACUUUGAUGUUAGUCAUGCUGGAGUAGAAAAUACUAGGUACAAUUAUUGAUUUCAAACAGAUUAUUUUCAUCAGGUCGGGUUGUGUGGUUUAGGUGUGUGUCCAAAAUUAUUGUAAUUCAGUGGUGAGUUUAUGGCAUAUUAUGUGCCAAUAAAAUCAAUGCAUUUAGUCAUAAAGGAAAUUAUCGAAAUAUACGUUGUAAGUUCCUAUAGAUUCCAAUUUUUAUACAUCAAUGUACCUAUACUUAUAGUAUUAUGACAAUUAGGUAAAUACCAACAAUCAAUAAUGUAGAAAAUUAAUAGAAAAUAGAGAAACUAA